AUGCCGGGACGCAGAAGGACUCAAGGGUCAAAAAAGGGGAUGUCGUGUUCCGAGGAUCUGGGAGGUAGGACUGGUUUUAGUCAAUCUCAGGAAAUGGAUACAGAGUCGGAAAGGGAAAUCUUAGAGGUCGAGGUCAUGGAUAACUGGAAUAAAAUAGAGGGACAGAUAGAGUCAGACGAUGUAGAGAAAUUAUGCCUACAAAUUAGGCUAGCUGAAAUAGAAUCUAAAAACAAGGAAAUGGACGUUAGAAAAAGUGAAAUUGAAAUGGAAAUUAGAAAAAGCGAAAUAGAUUUAGAAAGAGAUCGGUUACGAAAUGACUCUAGGGCUAGUAGUAACUGUGAGCUGGGGGGUAACUUGGAUAGUCUAGCGAGGAAAAUCAGAUGGGCUCUACCCAAAAUGUCGGACAAGGAGGCAGAAGUACCUUCAUGGUUCCGUGCUGUGGAAGUUGUAUUACAAACAUACAACGUACCAGAAGAGCUUCAGGGACAGUUAGUUUUAACGGUAUUAUCCGAGAAAUGCAAAACAGCUUUAAGUAGACUCACGGCAAAUGAAAUCAGAGACUACGAAACUUUAAAACAAUUCGUGCUGGACGAAUUAAAGUUGUCUGCUGCAGAGUAUCUUAAGGAGUUCACUUCCUCCGAAAAGGGAAGUAGGGAAACGUGGCCCCAAUUCGCGGCUAGGAUGGAAGACCUUUAUCGGUAUUAUUUGAAUAGUAGAGGCGUAGAUUCCUUCGAAAGAUUGAAGUUAGUUGUUUCGGAUCAUCUUAAGACUAAGCUAGAUGCCGACACUAGGUGUUACGUUUUAUUGCAAGAGGGUAAGGGUUGGUUCCCACCGGAAGAGAUAGCCAGAUACGCUGGGAAGCACGUGGAGGCUGUAGGAAAGGGAGAUUUUAGAUGUAAAUCUGAGAGAGGUAGAAAAGUACCGUGCCACGACUGGUAUAGGGAAGCGAGGACCGCCGAGAAACCGGUAGAGGCGACCGCGAACAAUAGAGAAGAGAGGGAGUCUAAGAUCAAAUGUUUCACAUGUGGCUUACUGGGACAUUUUAGCAGAAAUUGCCCUCGGAGGCAUACUAAGGAAGAAAAAUCGAAAUCCAAGGCAACACGAGAAGUUAAAGUAGACGAAAUUGUAAGACCCAGCAACCAGCUAAUCGCCAGAGUGAACAUUGAUGAGGACACAAUCAGUGGGAACAUACCUGCUAGCGCUAGCAGAAACGUUGAGCUUGCUUGUCAGGAUCGGCAGUUUUCUGCGAUAGUGGAUACAGGAGCAGAAAUAACGGUAAUCAGGAAGGCUCUGAUACCCGAUCACAUGUCUCGUGCUGCGGGAAAGAUAAGACUGAUCGGUGCGUUCGGACAACAGGUAACUGCGGCCUUGGUUACCAUUCCUGUCAGUUUGGAAAGACGGCCGGACAGAAAGGAAGCAGAUUACACCCCAGUUCUAAUAACUUGCGCCCUAACUGAUGAGCUUAAUGGAGGCUAA